AUGAGUGCCCCCUGCGGAGAGAGGCCUGUCCAGGCAGCCAGCCCUGCCAUGAGUCUAUGGGAGCCUGGGGACAGCCACAGCUGGCAGGGCACCAUCGGGCUGGCCCAGGAGCCAGCCACUGAGGAGGCAUCAGCUGCGGAGCUACAGAUGAAGGUGGACUUCUUCCGGAAACUGGGCUACUCAUCCACUGAGAUCCACAGUGUCCUGCAGAAGCUGGGAGUCCAGGCGGACACCAACACAGUGCUGGGCGAGCUGGUGAAACAUGGGUCAGCAACCGAGCGAGAGCGCCAGGCCUCACCAGACCCUUGCCCUCAGCUGCCCCUGGUCCCCCGAGGCGGGGGCACCCCUAAGACUCCCAGCUUGGAGUCUUCAUCCUGCAAGGACGACAAGGAGAGCAGUGACUUGAGACCUGUGGUCAUUGAUGGGAGCAACGUGGCCAUGAGCCAUGGGAACAAGGAGGUCUUCUCCUGCCGUGGCAUCCUGCUAGCUGUGAAUUGGUUUCUGGAGCGGGGCCACACUGACAUCACAGUGUUUGUGCCAUCCUGGAGAAAGGAACAGCCCCGACCUGAUGUGCCCAUCACAGACCAGUACAUCUUACGGGAACUGGAGAAGAAGAAGAUCCUGGUGUUCACACCAUCGCGGCGUGUGGGUGGCAAGCGGGUGGUGUGCUAUGACGACCGCUUCAUCGUGAAGCUGGCCUUCGAGUCCGAUGGGAUCGUGGUCUCCAACGACACUUACCGGGACCUCCAGGGAGAGCGGCAAGAGUGGAGGCGCUUCAUUGAGGAGCGGCUGCUCAUGUACUCGUUCGUCAACGAUAAGUUUAUGCCCCCUGAUGACCCCCUGGGCCGGCACGGGCCCAGUCUGGACAACUUCCUGCGUAAGAAGCCACUCUCCUCUGAGCAGAGGAAGCAGCCAUGCCCCUAUGGGAGGAAAUGCACCUAUGGGAUCAAGUGCCGAUUCUUCCACCCUGAGCGGCCAAGCUGCCCCCAGCGCUCAGUAGCUGACGAGCUCCGUGCCAAUGCCCGCCUCUCACCUCCCAGGGCCCCAGGCAAGGACAAGACUGGCCGGCGGCCCUCCCCUUCGCCUCAGCCCAGCUCACUGCCAGAAGAGGGUGAGAAACGCAGCCUGGACAAGAAGAAGCUGGGGGCCAGGGUAUCCUCAGGGCCCCACCGGGAGGGUCUGACACAGGCCUUUGCCCCACCGGGCAGGAACCUUCUACCUAGUGGGGGCAGUGGGGGCAGCUUCGGGCCCACAGACUGGUUCCCCCAGACCCUGGACUCUCUGCCAUACACCUCCCAGGACUGCCUGGACUCGGGCAUUGGCUCCCUAGAGAGCCAGAUGUCAGAACUGUGGGGCGUUCGUGGAGGUGGCCCUGGGGAGCCAGGCCCCCCUCGGCACCCAUACACUGGUUAUAGCCCCUAUGGAUCUGAGCUCCCAGCCACUCCAACCUUUCCUCCCUUCAGACAGGCUGUAGGUGCUGGCCACUUUAGUGUGCCUGCCGAUUAUGCACCCCCACCACCUGCCUACCCCCCUAGAGAGUAUUGGUCUGAGCCAUACCAGCUGCCCCCACCCACCCCGGUCCUACAAGAGCCCCAGGUGCAGGGCCCAGGGGCUGAUGGGGGCCCAUGGGGUGGAGCAGGCAACCUUGCCAAAGAGCGGGCCAGUGUGUUCACCAAGCUGUGUGGCGUCUUCCCCCCACACCUGGUGGAGGCAGUGAUGGGGCGCUUCCCACAGCUCCUGGACCCCCAGCAGCUGGCGGCCAAGAUCCUCUCCUACAAAUCCCAGCACCCCAAUGGGUAA